AUGGCAACCAAGCAAGCAGAUCUCAAGUUCAAGGCCGAGGCCUUCUCGGAGCAAGACGUGCAGAUGGGUCAUCUCUUAAUAGAUCCUGCCAGAGAGACAAGACUGUUGCUAAAGCUUGACCUCUGCAUAUGUCCUUUGGUGAUGCUGAUCUUCUUGGUGGCUUACUUGGAUCGAAGUAAUGUUGGAAAUGCGGCUGUGGCAGGGAUGCCCGAGGAUAUCGGCUUGGUGGGAAACCAGCUUGGAAAUGCUGUAUCCUUGUUCUAUGCCACCUACGUGUUCUUCGAGAUUCCGUUCUCGAUGCUUCUCAAGAAGCUGCGCCCAAACAGAUUGAUCUCGGCGUUGAUCAUUGGAUUCAGUGCCUCGGUGCUGUCAGCUGGCUUCGUGAAAAAUGUUGCUGGCCUCUAUAUCACCAGACUGCUUUUGGGUGUCUUUGAAAGCGGACUGUUUCCGUGCUUAACGGUUCUCCUAACCACAUUCUACAAGCGAGAGGAACAGGCUCAGCGAAUCUCAUACCUCUUCGUGUCUGCCGCACUUAGUGGCGGAUUUGGUGGUCUAUUGGCAUUUGGACUCAUCCGACUAGACGGCGCCGGCGGCCUCGAAGGAUGGAGAUGGCUCUUCAUUGUCGAGGGGCUGAUGAGCGCUGUUGUCGGGAUUGCCACAUUCUUCCUCCUCCCAAAUGACUACGAGACCGCGUACUUCCUCAACGAGGAAGACAAGGAGCUAAUGCGGAUGCGCAUGCAGCUCUCUGCACGGUACGCCGAUGACGAAGCCUUUGACGUCCGCGAGGUCUGGAAGACGCUGCGAGACCCCAAAAGCUGGCUCACCUCCCUGAACCAAAUCGCCAUAAAUAUCUGCUCGUUUGGGUUCAGCACUUUCCUGCCCACAAUCAUCAAGGGCUUUGGCUAUGAUUCGGUGAGGACGCAACUGCUUACGGUGCCCGUUUAUAUCUGGGCUUCGCUCUUCUAUUUGGUCAUUGCCAAUCUGUCGGACAGAGUGCGUAUGCGAGCUGUCUUCAUGGUGCCGCUGUGUCUUGUUAGUACCAUCGGCUAUGCCAUGCUACUGGGUGUGGAUGUUCACGCUCGGGGGCCGCUGUAUUUUGCUACCUAUGUCUGUGUUACUGGUAUAUAUUGUGUGGUCGGUCUCGGUGUGUCGUGGAAUGCGAACAGCCAUGCCGGAUACUAUAAACGCACUAUGGCUGUCGGUCUCCAGCAAUCGAUUGGAAACUGCGCCGGUCUGAUCGCGGGCCAAAUCUAUAAAUCGACAACGAAUGGCCGGUAUGUUGUUGGUCAUUCUGUUUCGCUCGCUGCUAUGUGCGUUGCAUUCUUUGGCAAUAUCGCCAUGUGGACUCUGCUGCGAUACCACAACAAGAAGCGGGCGAGCAUGCCCGCUGAGGAACGGGAGGUCAUUAUCAAUUCGGCUUCGUAUGAGAAGAGGGGAGGAGACUUUCAUCCGGAUUUCCGGUACAUAUUGUAA